AUGAUGGCUAAUUAUGCGCCAGGAAGGACCACCCAGUGCCCGCUCAGCCCCGAUCGGCUUCCCGUAAGAACUGAGCUCACCUGGUUUGGAGAUUUUGAUCACCCGGGCAAAAUGGCAUACGAACGCGGAAGAUCGCAACCAGGGUCCUCGAAGCCAAGCCCUAACGAGCGGCGUUCUAGGGCCGCUACCUAUAAUACCGAGCCCAUCCACACCCAGCCAGGCAAAGGGCCAAAUAGGCAAAAGAGACGAAGCAACCAGGUUAAGAAUGCAGGAUUUAUUGAAAUAAAAUAG